ACACAGACACGAAAAAGAUCGUAAAUGCGAAUUGUGUGCGUCGUCUGUUUUCCUAUCUGUUGUGGUACACCUGUAUCUAUAGACGUGGAAGUUACGUCAGGUUAAGAAAAUAAAAAGUAUUCUUCUCCCUGUUAGUUUUGUUAGGAUUCUUGAGGACUGUUCUUAUGAUAAUACAAGAGCUGUUUCGCAACAGAUUGUAGUUGAAGUGUGACUGUGAGUCGCAGAGGAAGAAUCAAAUCUUUGGUGACAGUCUGUGUGAGGAUUUGCAAGGACGUCUUCGUCAAUAACACGUAAUAUAACUAAAACGUGUACAAGAGUUCACAGCUGAAAACGGCAACUGUAAAAGCAAACUUCUAGAGCCAUAGGCCUGCUUACUUAUUUUUGUUACCAUGGAGACAGCGACUUCGCGAGGGACCGACAGGAUGGAAGCUCUUUUAGAGGAACGGGCUCAGCAACUAUUCCUGCUCAGUGACCGAGAGAGGAAAGGGUUCAUCGUGAAAAGAGACAUGCAGAGAAUGCGGAGCGAGAUUCCUCUGACACCAGAGCAGCUUGAGGCUGUGUUCGACUCUUUGGACGUGAAUAACAAUGGUUACCUCACCAUCGAACAGUUCCUCUCCGGUUUUGGUGAGUUUGUAGCUUCACAUUCUAGAAAUUCAUGGGAGGAAGACAGUGUCAUGGAAUCAUCUCAGAAGGAAGUUCAAGAUUCAGAUGGGCCUGUUCAGUACCUUCUGAGGGAACUGGAGUCCAUCAACGUAUUGCACAAUCUGGAGGUGCUGAGACAGCUAUGCCAUCAUGUGGAACAGGAAGAAAGUCCACUUAUCCGCAACAAUUUGGAGACCUUCCUUCAGCAACUGGUGACGGACCUAAGAAGGUGCCAAAAAGAACAGAGAAACUUGGAAGAGGCUUUGAAAUUAAAGGAUGAUGAACAUGAUGCACAGGUUCGCAGAUUAUUUGAAGAAAUGGAAACUCAGCUUCAUGAGGAAAAGAAGAAUCAAGCACGGCACGUAGAGCAGAAGUUGCAAUUAAGAUGGAGCGCUCUUGAACAGGACUUAGCUGAGAAGGAACAACAGCUGCAGGAUGUGCUGAACAGACAACAGGGACUGACAGAAAGAGUUCACGUGCUCAGAUCUAAAGAAAUGUGUAUCAAGGAGGAAAAUGAACGUUUGCUCAGAGCUAAGGAGGAACUUGAAGCACAGUUGCAGGCAGAGCAUCGUGAAGUUAUGCAAGUACAGCGAUUAUUGGAUGAUGCAAGGCAAAAUGAAGCGUGGGAGAGGCGCAGACAUCUCUCAGCAGGGUUUAGACUUGCCAAGAGAAUCAUGCUUGAACAGCGAGGUUUAAUACAUCAACUCCAGUUGCUGCAACAGAUGACAUCAACACUUGAAGGGGGAGAAGAAGAGCAAAUUUCAGAUAGGAGCUGGUAGGAUGAUUAUUUCUUAGGUUAUAUUACGUAUUUUCAACCCCAGAAGUAACGUGGCAUCAGAUAAGAUGACGAGAAACUACAACUUUCAAAGGAAGUGGUUGUGAAUUGUUUGGAGCGACAAUAACCACCAUUCCCUGAUAUAUUGUUAAGGAGAAAGCCAAUUGGAUCACUGGGGAAUAUGGCUACAAGAGUGAGUACAAAUAAAAUUGGCAGUUGUUCCACCCAUCACAUCACCCAUGAUGGAAGCUGAGACAGUAGCCAAAAUGUUAUAUUGGAACUUCUGUGAAGCCAUUCUAUCCAGUCCCCAUUUUCACACCUUAUUGAGGAUCCAUUUUAAUCCUCGCAUCAUCUGUCUGUACUAUGUGGCCCUUUUUCUGAAGAACAUAUUCACCCCAUGCACUAAUCUUUGCCAGCUGUGUUCCUAAAAAUGUGUCUUGUGGUAUCUUCCCUUGCUCUACUGACUACUGUCAAGCCUGAGAAUACUUUUGUAAAAAUGGCAUAGGAUCGUCUGUACUGAAGGAAAGUGAAUAUUAUAUUUCUAGUUUUGUUUUGUUUAUGAAUUUGGUUUUUAUGUUAAGAAUAAUUAUAUGUAAAAAGUACACUCCCUUCCGCACUUAUUGUCUGCUGGCAGGGAUCAGACUGUUUUGUUCAUUGUUCCGUUACUCUGCCUGGUACAGUGACUACUGUUCAAGCAGGUCCGUCUUCUGAUAGGGAAUAUUUAGCUGGGUGUAACCAUCUCCAUUUAUAUUUAAAGAAUGUUAAAAAUUCUGGUAACUGACACUCAUUAUUCAUGUGGUCAGCUUAGAAAUUAAAAGGCACAGAGUUUGGGAGAUGAUGUUGGUGGACAGGUGAUACAAAAGAGUAUAAAAUGCUUUAUGGUUAGGUUUUGCAUUUAGCUUGUUACCUGUGAUGUGUAACAGCAGUACUGUGGAAGCAUUAAGUGUUGUACAGGCCAGAAGAAAUAAUUCUUUGUCAUGAUGAAUAUUCAUCUUCAUGAAAGUAAGCUUGUGUUUUGUGGUAUAUAGUUCCAUUUUAUGCUAGGAUGUUUCUAAUUUGGUGAAGUCUCCUUUAGUGAUCCUACAAAAGAAUGGUAGUAACAUCUUCUGCAGUAUAAUUAUAUUCUUGAAUAUUUAUAUCAAAACAAAAAACAUAAGAUUUUGAAAAGUGUAUGUAAACGUUAUGUUAUAAUCUACACGUGUUGAGAUACAGUGAAAUUGGAAAAUUUAUAUUGGUGUUUGCAAGGCAAAUAAGAGACUUCUACCUUCCAACA